UGUGGAUGAUUUGUGUACUGCUCAAAAUCCACGCGCACUUUUCCAACCAAAACCAAACAGGCUGGCAGCACCGCGGGAGUCAGCUGAUUAUAAUAAUAAUAGUGUGGAAAUGAUCAAUGUCUCAGUGUUUCAUCAGUGGUAUCAAUGGAUUUUCAUGCAAAUAGAGCAUGGAAGACUUGGAACUUGAAAGACUUGAAAGCGCCACCACAACAACUAAAUACCAGCGGUGAGAUUACAAGGCGGGUUGUCCGAGGCUCCAUCGAGCUGGUCAUUCCCACAGCCAACUUCACACCAGAGGUGGUCGAGUCUUUGCCCGAAUUCCUGCUCCCAAGCGUCUGGGCGAAUGUGGCCGACGGACCCGUGCUAAAAAUAGUUCUCAACGCCGGCUAAAACAACGUCUAUAACCACACACAGUUCCACUGAGAUCUGUAUGGCAAGUUACUUAAGAUCUGCACAAACAGAAGCAAACCGCCAUCAAGAUGGAGGCUUUCGUUUGACACAAGCCAUUUGUCAACUCAUUAUUGGCCCUACUCUUUAAGUUUGCCAAUUUCGUCUUUUUUGGCGGGAGAUCACAACCCUGGCCGCAGCAUCCUGGUCCAUGCAUGGUCCAUGCCGUCGUCCUGUCAGUUGCACUAAUUAAACCGCAUUGCACUUCUCUCAGCAGGCCUUGCAGCGUCCUUUAUUGGUAAACGUAAGCGAAAAUACAAAAAAAAAACAACAAUAAUGUCCAGCAGCUUUUGGGUAUGAAGUAUCGAAUGUUCGAAUACUCUGUACAAAGAUCAGCUGCAUUUUAAGGAGUUUUGAGUACUUAAAUUCAUAAAAGUUUGUACGUACAAUUAAUUAUU